GCGGGCCACUCUCUCCCCUGCAACCCCUCCUCUGCCCGCUCGUUCCCUCCAGACCGACGUUUGGACUCAAGCUGCUUGAAAGAGCGAGGCCAACAUUUCAUGAGAGACAGAUAAAUGACAGAAACAGAUCCAGGAGGUAUAGAGUACCAGAAGGGACAACUCACCUGAAUCCCCCCCUCCCCACCCCCCCUGACAUGGGCCGCCUGCUGGCCCUGACCUUUGCCUACCUGGCUCACCUGCUGGCGACCACCGGCUCAGAGCGACAACAGCACCGGGUGCAGCACGGCCGCUGCAGCUACACCUUCAUCCUGCCCGAGGUGGAGCACUGCCAAACCUCAAAGGACUUCCAGGUUACCAACACCCUCCAGAGGGACUCCCCGCCGGAGGCAGACGCCAGCCAAUUGGAGCCGGGCGAGGACCAGGAGGAGAGGCCUUCCUGGCAGGAGAGGAAGCUGGUGAAUCUGGAGAGCGCCAUGGAGAAUAACACCCAGUGGCUGCAGAAGCUGGAGAACUUCAUCCAGCAGAAUGUGCGCUCGGGGAUGGAGGAAAUGAAAAGAACCGCCGUACACACCCAGACAGCUGCCAUGCUGGAGAUGGGAACCAACCUCCUCAGCCAAUCAGCGGAGCAGACCCGCAAGCUGACAGACGUCGAGACCCAGGUGUUAAACCAGACCAGUCGCCUGGAGAUACAGCUGCUCGAGUACUCGCUCUUCACCAACCGGCUGGAGAAACACAUUCUCCUGCAGACUCAGGAGAUCUCACGCCUCGGUGACAAAAACAGCUUUCUGGAACAGAGGCUCUUGGCGCUGGAGGCUCGGUAUGGGAAGGGGCUGCACGGCAUGCAGAUUGAAAAGCAGCAGCUUCAAGAACUCGUGGAGCGGCAGAGCCGACUGGUCAGUCAGCUGCAGGGCGAACUGGUCAGCUCCACGCUCAACAGCAGCGUGCUGCAGAGACAGCAGGCCGCGCUCACGGACACCGUUCAGCAGCUGCUGGCUCUGGUCAACCACUGCAACGAAAUCGCCAAUACGCCCAAGGAGGACGCGCCUAGUUUCAGGGAUUGUGCGGAGAUCCUGCGCUCUGGAGUGACGGAGAGCGGAUUAUAUGGCAUACGCCUCCCUAACUCUACGCAGACUGUCAAGGUGUUCUGCGACAUGAAGACCGGCGGUGGCGGGUGGACCGUGCUGCAGCACCGGAGAAACGGCUCCGUGAGCUUCCACCGCGGCUGGAGAGAUUACAAAAUGGGCUUCGGAGAGCCGUCUGGGGAACACUGGCUGGGGAACGACAUCAUCCACAAGCUGACCAGCUCUCAAGAAUACAGCCUGCAUGUGCAGCUAAAAGACCGAGAGGGAAAUGAAGCUUUCUCACAUUACGAUCGCUUCUACAUAGAAGGGGAGGACAACAACUACAGCCUUCACGCCGAGGGCUUCAGUGGCACAGCUGGACGGACCAGCAGCCUCUCCCACACGGGCACCCACUUCAGCACCAAGGACAGAGACAACGACCGCUGCACCUGCAAGUGCGCCCAGCUGGCAUCGGGAGGUUGGUGGUUUGAGGCGUGCGGCCCAUCCAACCUGAAUGGCAUGUAUUACCCCAGCUCAUCCAGUGUGGUUCGCUACAACGGCAUUAAGUGGUACUAUUGGAAGGGUCCAAAUCUGAUGGCUACCAUGGCGACCAUGAUGGUGCGCCCAGCGAACUUCUGAGGGCGUGGCGCUUUCAUGGCGCCGGAUGAUGAAUGGAGCCGCUGUCGAAUCUAACGAACAAUUUCCAGGAAAUCGUAGGUGUGGGGUACAACUUUGUAUCCCUCCGUUGGUGGUUUUAGGGUUUCAACACCUUGGAGUGUGUUUAGCAAUUGCCUGGAGACAUGUGUGGACUCUGAAAAAAACUGGACUGUGGUCGCAAUGAAUUCCUGAGUGAGAGUUUCAACCAAUAUCUCUCCACAGAUGGUUUCCAGACUGUAUUUCAAUGAGGAUUACUCAGACGAUGGUAUGAACUUUGCUACAGAUGACAAAAACAACUGAUCGCUUCAGCUCAUGUUAUGAACAGUUACUCCAUUCAAAUCAAACUCUGCGGCUUAAUGAAUAAACCUUUAGACACCAUCGUAAAACCAACCUUUUUUUUAUUAAACUGU